AUGUCAGUGGCUCAAUCUAUUUCAAAGAGAGAACAUUCAGAUGAUAUACUGCAGUCUAACAAGAGACAGCAAACCGGGUUAACUAAUCUACAAGAGAAAGAGAUUCUCCCUGUUGUGGCCCAGUUGUUUAAUUUAAUCCCCGGUAAAGAAUGUACCUAUGACAUCACAGAAAAAUCAGUGACUACGAUCGGUAGAAGUAGAUCCUGUAAUAUUACACUUAAUGAGCCAGAUAUCUCCACAGUACAUUGUGAAUUGCAUCUGAUAGAUAUGGAGGUUGAUGGUGUCCAUCGCAAACUUAUCAACAUUAUAGACAAGAGCAGAAACGGUACAUUCAUAAAUGGUAGUAGACUAGUAAAGAAGGAUUGUAUUCUUAAGAAUGGUGACAGAAUCGUCUUUGGUAAAACAUUUUCCUUUUUAUUUAAAUAUUCCUCGAUUAGUGAUCUUGAUAACACUGGAUCAAAUUUUAUUACAGCAGUUCCAGACUUGGACUCUACUGUUGCAACUGGGGAGUCGAAGGAUGAAAACAAUGUAUUUAAGAAGCCACAAUUUAGUUUUACCAGCAGUCAAAAUGCAUUAAAGAGACAAGCACGUCCAAAACCUUCUUCAGUAUUUGAUAAAUAUUUGAUUGGUAAGGAGCUAGGGUCAGGUCAUUAUGCAAUAGUAAAAGAUGGUACAAAUAAGCAAACUGGUCAAACAGUUGCCAUAAAGAUAUUUCAUCCUCAACAGAAUGAUGAUCAAAAGAAAAGUAAACAAUUUAGGGAAGAGACAAACAUUCUAAUGAGAAUACACCAUCCAAAUAUCGUCAACCUGCUGGACAGUUACGUUGAACCUAUUAGCAAAUCGCAAAUACAAAAGUAUUUGGUUCUUGAAAAGAUUGUUGACGGUGAAUUAUUUGAAAGGAUCGUUAAGAAGACCUCUUUAAGGCAAGAUGAAACCAAAGCUAUAUUUAAGCAAAUUCUAGUAGGCUUGAAGUAUUUACACAAUCAAAAUAUUAUCCACAGAGAUAUCAAACCGGAAAAUAUUUUAUUAAACAUCACUAGAAGGACUUCAUCAGAACAAUUACAAUUGGGACCAUGGGAUGAGGGUGAAAUAGAUAUUCAGGUUAAAAUUGCAGAUUUCGGGUUGGCUAAGUUUACAGGUGAAAUGCAAUUUACAAAUACUUUAUGCGGGACUCCAUCUUAUGUUGCACCUGAAGUUUUAACUAAGACUGGUUAUACAUCAAAGGUUGAUAUGUGGAGUGCAGGUGUCAUCCUUUAUGUAUGUCUAUGUGGGUUUCCACCUUUCAGUGAACAGUUAGGGCCACCUUCUUUAAAGGAACAAAUUUUACAAGCCAAAUAUGCGUUCUACACACCUUACUGGGAUAAUAUUGAUGAUUCUAUUUUGCAUCUAAUAUCACAUCUUCUUGUGUUAGAUGCAAGCCAAAGAUAUAGUGUCGAUGAUGUCUUUGAACAUGAAUGGUUGAAAGAUUCUACACCUCAGACAAAUGUCAUUAAGGAUAUGAAACGUCUACAAUUAGGUGAUGGACAAUUACCGAAGACAUACUCUGAAAUGUCUUGUCUAUAA